GCUCUCAGCUGUCACACACACACACACACACACGAGCGCAGAGUUUCUCCGAACAGAAAGUGGUGUUGUCGGUGAACGGGAGCACCGCAGAGCUCGGGUUUGUCUCGUGUCGGCUCGUGAGAGAUGUGCUGGCAGCAUGGCCAGAUGGUUCAAGGAGCACCUGGGUUUCAAAACCACCAAAGCCCCGCCACCGGCGCCUCCGAAACCGGACUACCGACACUUCCACACCGCCGUCUCCAGCCUCCAGCCGCCGCCGGGCACCGGGUUACUGUCCGCGCAGCCCGACAUCCUCACCGCAUACAAACUCCAGAAGGAGCUGGACUUCGAGGAUCCGUACACACCGGGCGGAACCGUGCCCUUCUGCACCGGCCCGAGCUCCGCGGCGGAGGUGAAGUUCGUGUCUCCGAAGCACCGGCUGAUCAAGGUGGAGACCGCGGUCAGAGCCCCGUGCUCCCCGCCCGCUGAGCCCGAGGACGGCACGCAGGAGAAGCUCAUCAUCCUAGAGGACUAUGCUGACCCCUUUGACGCAGCGGACCAGGCGGGCGGCACCCAGACAGUCACAGAAAAGCCCACGGAGAAUGACGGCUACAUGGAGCCCUACGAAGCUCAGAAGAUGAUGGCUGAGAUCCGAGGCGGUCGCGCUCCUAAAGACGGUCCGGUCCAGCAGCAUCCUCUCUACGACACCCCGUACGAGCCGGAGGAGAACGGAGCAGAUCCAGACGGAUGUGUGUGUUCCCGCGAGAGCAGAUUACCGCAGGACGACGAGAGGCCGCCGGAGGAGUACGACCAGCCCUGGGAGUGGAAGAAAGAGCGCAUAUCCAAAGCCUUCGCAGCACUGCUCUGUUAUGACUGCAUUAGUCAUGAGGACUCGAGCGGCGGAGCGUCCAGGAGAGAUCUCCACAUCUCUAGAUCCUCCACAGUGGAGAUUAAGGUCAUUAAGGAUCUGCCGUGGCCUCCUCCGGUCGGGCAGCUGAACUCCAGUCCUCCGCUGAUGGAGGCUCCGUCCUCUCCGGGAGACCAGCUCCAGCACGUGCAGUUUGACGGCGUGGAGAAGGAUCUGAAGCACUCGAGCGGGAGGAUGAGCUCCAGCGAGCCGAGUGUGGGCGAGCGCAUCGACCCGGCCGUGCCUCUGGAGAGUCAGUUCUGGUAUCACGGAGCCAUCAGCCGCACGGACGCCGAGGCUCUGCUGCGCUUGUGUAAAGAGGCCAGUUACCUGGUGAGGAACAGCGAGACCUGCAAGAACGACUUCUCGCUCUCGCUCAAGAGCAGUCAAGGUUUCAUGCACAUGAAGCUCUCCAGGACCAAAGACAAUAAGUACGUACUGGGUCAGAACAGCUGCCUGUUCGACAGCGUUCCUGAGAUCAUCCACUUCUACUCCAGCCGCAAACUACCAAUCAAAGGGGCCGAGCACAUGUCCUUGCUGUACCCCGUGGCCAUCCGGACACUAUAGAGGCAGAAGCGCUGCAGAAGCAGGACGUUCGUUCAGCGUUUACAAGACAACGACAAACUAAAGUGCUACUGAGAUCCCGAAGACAAUAAGGGAGACUCCUGGACGUCGCCUCCGUCUCGGACGCGGUUUCACUGUCCUCCAAAUGCCUUCUUCGUGAUUCCAGACCCGUUUUCUUCUCAUAAGUGGAUCUUUAGUCUUAGACUUGCACUCACACUUAAUCUCCACUGUUACACACUGUACAGAAACCCGAAACUCGCUUGGACUUUACUAUUCGGAUGUGUAUAGUUGCAAUUGACGUUCUUCAACAUUAAAUCGUCACAGUAAACGAACAAAGACACUGAAUCGUACUGUAGCGAAACCUCAUCGCCUGGACUUUCUGUGACGGUAUUGUCAGUCAGUUGGGUUGGGUGAAUUAUUCAUUAUUAAACUUUAACAUCAGAUCAUACAGAAAAAUAAACCUCAGAAGACUGAAAUCGAGCGUUCGGCAUUUUCCAGUUAAGACCCACAGAUGUAAAGAGCAAUCGAUACGCAGACAGAUUCAUUAAGUCCCUUAAAAUAGCAGUAAUAGAGCAGAGCGAGGGGAGAAGAGAUGGAUGGUGCCUUUCAAGUGCACUUGGACCGGCGGCUAUGCAGAACAGCGUGAGAAAGGACCUUUUAAUAUAACGUUCAGAGAGAGUCACUUCACCAGAGUUUAGGAUGAUCUUGACCAAGGAGAAUGAAAUAUUCCUGUAUUGUCUACCUCAGAAAAUCAAUUGUGUCCGUCCAUCUGCCGGUCGAUAAGGUACAGUGACGUUACAGAUAUCGAUCGUUUAACUCUUUCAGUCUCAAAUUCCCAGCAAGCUUUGCCUUUCGGUUUGAGAAUAGCUUCUUCUUCACCCGAACGCAAUCAGACCUUCAUUUCUGUGCUGGUGUGACUCUGUUUGGGUAAUGCCUUAUACUGUAAGUGCAUGGUUUAAAAAAGAAAUCAAAUGGAGAACGCUGCAGUUCGAUGAAUGUUUAGUGGCUUUAAUUUAUUAUAGAAUUUUUUUUUUUUAUAUAUAUUGCUAUAUAUAUUGCUGAUGUCUUAGUCCAGGUAAGACAAUGUUUUUCAGCCUGUGUGUGUGUGUCAAUAAUCUGACCUUAAGUGUCUUUGCGAUUGUCUGUCUGAAUACACUGAUUGGAUGCUGUUUGCCAUGGAAACCAUUUAGAGCAGCUCAGCCAAUCAGAGCACAGAUUUGUCCUGACCCUUCGUCUGACCUCUGGUUUUCCUUGUUUGCCAUCAUCCAGUUUCUUUUUGGUUUUUCUCUCACAGUGAGUGUGUUUAAAGCAUGUCCGACACACUUGUGGUACAGAUGUAAAGCCUGUAUGAUUGGUUUACCUUCAUGUACCUGAUUGAUGUUUUUAUUGUUUAUUUAUCGUUGCCUCUCUGACAUGAUCUUUCAACCCUUAAAGGGACAGCUACACCUCCAAAAAUCUAAAUUGCCAUCAUUUACUGACCUUAAUCUCAUUAUUUUGCUGAAUGUCUUCAGCCGUUCUUUUCCAUACAGUAAGAGUUAAUUGGCGAAGUUUCUUCUGCACACCAAGGCUGCAUUUAUUAUUGAAAAUAUGGAAAAAUCUGUAAAGUUGUGAAAUAUUUUCACAUAUUAAAAUAAAUCUGUUAAAGUGUAAUUAAUUUCUGUGAUGCUCCGCUGUAUUUCCAGCUAACCGCUCAGUAUCUGUGGAUCCCCAGGAGCGAUGCAUGUGAAAUGUGUUUGUGUUUGUGUCAGACGGGCUCAGGAGAGACUCUUCUAGAUGUCAUUCUGUAGAAACAUGCUUUAAUAAGAGCAGAGAGCACAGGUCACACUACAGAAGAGAAAACAGAGAAUCAAAGGGAAGAUGAAGAUGAAGAAAAAAAAUGUAUGUAGCUACAUUAAUUGUUUACAACCACUGACCUUUAAAAAAAGGUCUAGAUAGGAUAGAUAUGUAUUCAUCACAUUAUCACAGCACAGGAAUCGUUGCAGUUGCUUUAAAAGUCUUUGGAGAUCUCAGUAUUGCAAAUGUAUGAAUAUCAUUGCAUUAUACAACAACAUCUACCAAGUGCCAUUCAUUUUAAAUAGAUUAGUCACAAGCAAAACGGUUGCAAAAAAGUUGGCUUUUAGAUUCGAAAUGAGGUAAAACAGUAGAUAUGACGAGAAGAAGACAAAAUGUAUUUGGUUGUUAGAACAUUAGUAAACAUUACUCUGAAAAAUAAAGCUGCUUUAUUGUCAUCUGUUGUACCAUGAGGGGGCUUUAAUAUCCCUGAACCUUUCAUCACACAAAAAGGAUUAUUAAAACGUAUUUCAGACUAAGAAAUAAAAAAAAAAUAUUUUAAAAUAAAUAAAUGAAAACUUCUGGAAAGCUUUAUUUAUAAUUGCUGUCCAUUUGUGUUUCUGAACGAUGCACUGCAUCUGUAAGACUUCAGACAUCCACCAAAAACACCAUGUGUUCAGAUUUGAGAAUGAAUCUGUGCAGUGGAAUCCAUACGUCAUUCACCAUGACCUAGGUGUUGAUGAAUAUAAAGUUUGUUUUAGGACUUUAUUUAAGGGAUUGGAAAGACAGCUUACUGGUCAGCAUUAAGAUUUAAAGUAACAUUUUCUAUUGAUUAUAUGUAAACAGAUGAGAUCAGGCAUGUUAGUUUAGAAGAGAAUGAAACAUUGUAGAAGUGACAGAAGAGUAAAAUAAAAGAGUGAAACAUCAGGGGGACCAGAGAGAAGAGGACAGAAAUGAAGACUGUGAUGAGGAAUGGAGGAGACUGAAUCUCUAGCUUUAUUUCCACUUGUCUGUGUGGAGAAAUGCGUCUGCAUCCCAUGCUGACAAGAGUACUAGUAAAGAAGGAGUGUGUGUGUGUGUGUGUGUGUGUGUGUGUGUGUGUGUGUGUGUGUGUGUGUGUGUGUGUGUGUGUGUGUGUGUGUGUGUGUGUGUGUGUGUGUGUGUGUGGAUUUCAUAUGUCUGAAAUGGGCUUGUUUUUUUCCCCAUAUCUGUACAGUUCCUCUCGCCAAAUGUAUAUAUGCUGAAUGUAUUGUUUGGGGACGUAGAGACUUUGAGAUUCUGACAAAUAAAGUUCAUGGGUCGAACUAAA